AUGAAAAUUCGGCUUGUGCAUCUUACAAUCAACUUCCUGCCAAUAUAUAAUUUCAAAUCUCCAUGUACUGAUAACAGUAUUUGGAAAACAAUUAAAUCGAUUUUCGCCGGCGAACGUACCUAUCGAUGCAUUUUAAAAGGUUAUGAGGCGGAAGAUAUGUUUAGGGGAACACGAUAUCAUGAAGAAAUUAGCAAGAAUAAUUCAAACCACCAAUCACUUGAAUCUCGUGUUACAAUAGUACAGCUAGAGAUGACUGUAGAAUGGUUUCAAGAAAAUAUUAAAAAUGCAAAAGGGCAUGAACAAUUAAGAAUUAAUUUCGUUAAGAUCAAGAAUAUUGCAUAUAAAAAGAAAUUCUUGCCAUGUGAUUUCAUAAUAGAGUCUUUUUGGCUGACGUGA